AUGUCAUCGUCUGUUCAUUUCAAAUUCAAGUCCCAGAAAGAACCCUCAAGGGUCACGUUUGAUGGCACUGGUAUUUCUGUCUUUGAACUCAAACGAGAGAUCAUCAGCCAGAGUAGAUUGGGCGACGGGACCGACUUUGAACUGUCCAUUUACAACGAAGAUACUGGCGAGGAGUAUGACGACGACACAACCAUCAUUCCUCGGUCCACGUCGGUGAUUGCUCGCCGACUACCUGCUGCUCGCGCUGGUAAAGGAGGUGCCGCCCGCUAUGUAUCGGGUAAAAUGCCAAUCAACGCUCGCAAUGUCUCUCGCAACGAACCUACGAGUCGAGCAGCCCCUGGGGGCAACCAUUCGGUGAACAACAACGUCCUAGAGCUCAACAAUGCGCAGACCGAAGAAGAGAAGAUCAAUGCACUUUUCAACCUCCAGGCCAGUCAGUGGAAGGAGCAGCAGCAAGAAAUGGCCAAUGCGACGCCUGUCCCAUUUGGUCGUGGCCGGGGAAAACCUGUGAAUGUGCCUGAUCAUCCUCCGCCUCCUGGGUAUCUGUGUUACCGUUGCAGAGAGAAAGGCCAUUGGAUUCAAGCAUGCCCAACCAACAACGAUCCCAAGUUUGACGGCAAGUAUCGAGUCAAACGGUCAACCGGUAUACCGCGCUCGCUCCAGACCAAGGUUGAGAAGCCGGAAUCAUUGGUCCCGGAUGGCUCCAAUGAAGACCCAAGGAACACAGGGGUAAUGGUCAAUGCCGAUGGUGACUUCGUCAUUGCGAAGCCGGAUAAGGCAGCCUGGGAACUGUACCAAGAAAAGGCCAAGGCAUCUGCUGCCGCUGCCGCCGAAGCUGCCGCUGCCGAGGAGCGCAAGGCACUGCAGAGUCGAGGUCUGGAAUGCCCAAUCGACAAGAGGAUGUUCUUAGAACCAACAAAGACACCGUGUUGUCAGAGGACAUAUUGCAAUGACUGUAUCUCAAAUGCCUUGAUUGAAAGUGACUUUGUCUGCCCGGGCUGUGCAACAGAGGGUGUUUUACUCGAUAAUCUCAUUCCGGAUGACGAGGCUGUUUCCAAAAUCAAAGUGUACGAAGCUGAGAAAAUUGAAGCGAAGAAAGAGAAGGAAAAGCAAGCUACCGGCCAGGAUGGUGUAUCCGUCAACGAAACUGCCGAGACCGAUCCAAGUGGCUCCCCGGUCAACCAGGAGCGAGCGCCGUCAACACAGGUUCCGGAAGCUAUGCCGGCGCCAUCAAAGAAACGGCCAGCUGAGGACGAGGCCGUUCAUGAACCCGAAAGCUCUAGCCCCGGAAAUGCGGCAAAGAAACAAAAGUCAGAGGAUGAUCAACCCGAUUCGCAAGGCACGGACCAAAACCCCAGGGAGGCAGGGAUGCCUUUCAAUCAACAGAUGCCUUUCGGCGACUUUGGGUUCAUGCAAUCCCAGGGCAUGCCGGGAAUGCCUUUUCCAGAUGCUGGAUUCGGGAACGACGCGAUGGGGCUCAUGAACCCGAUGGCCAUGGCUUCGGCUAAUGGUUUCCCCUCUGGCAUAGCCCCUGGGUGGAACCCCAUGAAUAUGCCUUUCAAUCCCCUCCAGAUGUAUAGUGAUCAGGGCAGCGGUCCAAUGCCCAAUGGCUUUCCUGGCAUGUUCAGUGGAGACUCCUCCAUGCCGAUGUUCCCCAUUGUUCCUCCUAUGGGGGGUCCAAUGGGUCAGAACUUCAGCGGUCCCGGCAUGAACAACUUUUCCAAUCAACAACGAACCGCUUUUAGCACCCCAUACGCUCGAGAGGAAGACUCGGCAUAUUUCCGUCAGCCGGUGAACCCACAGCGUCACCAGGCGAGAAAUCGGCGAGUACGGCCCAGCGAUUAUCGGGAACUUUGA